GGCACAUCUUCGGACGAAUGUGGAGUGCCUCAGUGUGGUACCCAAAAGACGAGUUGAGGGGAAGUAUAAGUAUCACAACGACCACCGGCAAAAAAGGAAUCACCACCACCAUCACAUUCAUUCAGUCUUUCGUUGCUUGAAGCAUCCACUUUCGCUACCUCUUUCAGAGACUUACAUUCUUUAUACAUACUUUGCCAAAGCAUCCUCUUUCGACUUUCCAAUUUCGAUCAACCAACUCAAUCGUCAACAUGAAGUUCUCCAUCGCCAUCGUUGCUGCCAUCACUGGCUUUGCCGCCGCCGGCCCUGCCGCUGUCACUCCCAGCGAGUUCUCCUCCUUCGCCAAGCGCGCCUCCCUCCCGAUCCCCGCUUCCAAGGGCUCCGUCACCUACAAGGCGCCCCAGCAAGUCAGCGGAACUUUCGAUGGUGGCAUGAAGACCUACGGCCGUGGUGCUAGCUGCACUGGUCAGGUCGAGGGCGGUGACAAGGACGCUGUCUUCCUCAUCAAGAACGGCGGAACUCUUAAGAACGCUAUCAUCGGAAAGGACCAGAUUGAGGGCGUCCACUGCGAGGGAUCCUGCACCAUCGAGAACGUCUGGUGGGUCGACGUUUGCGAGGAUGCGCUUUCCCUCAAGGGUGACGGAAACGCCAUGAUCAAGGGCGGAGGCGCCCAGUCCGCUGAUGACAAGGUCAUCCAGCACAACGGAAAGGGCACGGUCACCAUUGACGGCUUCACCGUCAUGAACUUCGGCAAGCUCUACCGUGCCUGCGGUAACUGCAAGAACAGCGUCGCCCGCUCCGUCGUCAUCAAGAACGUCAAGGCCUACAACGGAAAGGUCCUCGCUGGUAUCAACCCCAACUUCGGCGGUACCGCUACCAUCUCCGGCACCUGCGCUACUUCCGUCAAGACCAUCUGCGAGGAGUUCCAGGGUACCAAGCCCGGCUCUGAGCCCAAGUCUGUCUCCAAGGGCCCCUCCAACAACUGCAAGUACACUGCCUCCGCUAUCAAGUCUUGCUAGACGAGUACUUCGA